UUCUUUUGUUCACUUACUAAAAGACAAAGAAACCUCCUUUACCAAGUCCCUUUCAUGAACUGAAAAGUUAAAGAAAUAGAAUCAAAAGUUUUGAACAAUGUGGGUUAAGGUUGUUCUUCUUCUUGCAACAAUUUCAUUUUCCUUUUUUAACUCAGCGGUGUCUCUUAAUCGUAGAAGUUUUCCACCUGAUUUCUUAUUUGGAACUGCUUCUUCAGCUUACCAGUAUGAAGGUGCUGCACAUGAAGGUGGCAAAGGACCAAGCAUAUGGGAUACCUUCACUCAUAGUCACCCAGAUAGAAUAGUAGACCACAGUAAUGGAGAUGUUGCCAUCGAUUCAUACCACCGCUACAAGGAAGAUGUGGCCAUGAUGAAGGAUAUUGGAUUUGAUGCCUACAGGUUUUCCAUCUCUUGGUCUAGAAUACUACCACGUGGAAACUUGAAGGGAGGAAUUAACCAAGAAGGGGUAAUAUAUUAUAACAAUCUCAUAAAUGAACUGGUUUCAAAUGGACAGAAGCCCUUUAUAACUUUAUUUCAUUCUGAUCUCCCUCAAGCUCUUGAAGACGAAUAUGGUGGUUUUUUGAGUCCCAAAAUUGAGCAAGAUUUUGCAGAUUAUGCAGAAGUAUGCUUUAGAGAAUUUGGUGACAGGGUUAAGCAUUGGAUUACAUUAAAUGAGCCAUUACUUUAUAGCACUCAAGGUUAUGGAAUUGGAUCAUCUCCACCCAUGAGGUGCUCUAAGUGGGUAGCUAACUGCAGUGCUGGUGAUUCUAGUACUGAACCCUAUGUGGUUUCACACCACCUGAUUCUUUCUCAUGCUGCAGCAGUAAAAGUCUACAGGGAGAAAUUCCAGAAUUCUCAGAAGGGUCAAAUUGGGGUAACAUUAAAUUCUGCAUGGGUUAUGCCACUAUCUCAAUCAAAAGAGGAUAGAGAUGCGGCAUCUCGAGCUCUUGCUUUUAUGUAUGACUGGUUCAUGGAACCCUUGAACUCUGGUUCAUAUCCUGCUGUAAUAGUGAACAAAGUAAAGGAACGUUUGCCGAGGUUUUCAAGAAGUCAAUCCUUAAUGGUCAAAGGAUCUUUCGAUUUCGUCGGUUUAAACUAUUACACUUCAACUUAUGCAACCAAUACUCCUUGUCAGUUUGGAAAGCCAACAGUUUUUACAGACAAUUGUGUUAGAUUUACUAAUGUAAGAAAUGGAGUUCUCAUUGGUCCAAAGGCUGCCUCAGACUGGCUCUAUGUGUAUCCACCAGGAAUUCAAGGACUACUACAAUACACAAAGGAGAAAUUUAACAAUCCAAUUAUUUACAUAACAGAAAAUGGAGUUGAUGAGGUUGAUGAUGGCAAAAGGUCACUUGAUGACAAAAUGAGGAUAGACUAUAUUAGUCACCACUUAUUGUAUCUUCAACGAGCCAUAAUGAAUGGAGUGAGGGUGAAGGGAUAUUUUGCAUGGUCAUUGUUGGACAAUUUUGAAUGGAAUGCCGGCUACACACUCCGUUUUGGUCUCGUGUAUGUGGAUUACAAGAAUGGACUUCGAAGAUACCGUAAAAGGUCUGCUUUGUGGUUCAAAUUAUUUCUCCACAAAUGAAAUGGUCCACUCCUUACUAUGAAUUAGAAUUGGUGGAAAAGAGAUUGUAAUAUAGUGUUUCCUUCUUAAUCCUAGUUACAACUUUAGGCUAUUGUAAGUACUAAGCAUGGCUAAAUUGAUGAUUUCUGAUAUGUGACCAAGUGUGAGGCUUCAUUAUCUGUUGUUGUACUAACUUAUUUGGUUUCUUUACUCGUUUGUAUUUCC